AUGCAUAAACAAUUUCAAAAAUUCGGCCAUUUCGUUUUGAAAAAUUUAAACGAAGAGCCAGACACUACCAAAGACAAGUACGUGAAAUACAUAUACAAAAAGGAAAGUGGAUCGAGCGACAAAGCGCAAAAGCGGAAAAUCAAAAGUGCCAACGAUGCAGACACAAAUUCACGGUAUUCGAAAAAACGGGACGAGAAACGCCGCAGCCACAGGAACAAAUCGAGCGAGUCGUUGAGGACACACAGGACGAAGGAGCCCCAAGGAAAUUACAGUCAAACAGAGAUAUUUUUUAUUUCGCCGGAGGAGUUAAAGCAGCACCGGAAGAAAAGCGUCAGAAAAACGGAAGAAUCUCAGGUUAAAAAUAAACACAAAAGUUCCAACCGAGAUAGAGACCACGAGAGACGAAGCACUAGAAAAUCGGACGACUACUUCGAGCAGUUUCUAAAGCAGCAAAAACAGAACAAACACAGAGAUGAAUGUCAGUGGUUAACACGAAAAGAGAUUUUUAAACUCAUUAAUAGUGAGAGAGAACCGACCAAAAGUCCGGGUUCCAACUUCUUUAAGAAGUUUUUCGUUUUUGACAAACAUUCGCACGACAAGGCGGAGUUUAUUCCCUUGAACGAGAAAUACUAUAAGGAUCACCGUUAUAGCGAAGACAACACAAACAUGAUUUUUGUACCACUUAAACCGACUGUGAAGGAGGUGGUAAAACCGGUCAAAAAACGCGACAAAGAGCAAUUAGUCGAAGUGCGAGACUCCAAGAAACAUAAUAAAGAACGAACCGUGGACAAAUCUUACCCGGAUCAAGCUAUUGGUAGCUCACACAAACGAAAAUCACCGCCUUCAGUUCACAACAAGCUAGUUUUUGAAGACUUGGAUACGUUUCAGAAGAAAGAGAAGAAAGCAAGUCAGAAAAAUCCAGACAAGCAAAGCGUUCAAACCAUUCAGCCGAAGGAAAGUCGUAACUCGAAAUCGUCAGCCAAUAAGCUUCAAGAGAAGCCAGUGGCUAGUCAAGAAGUCAAACUUCCGUCGCAAUCUAAGACCAAAUCGAAAUGGUGGAUAGCAGACGUGGACGAAAACAAUGUGUUUCGGCUUGACAAGACAGAAGAAACGAAGAUGCAAAACGUUUCGAGAGCCAAUCCGCUACGACACAAGUUUUGUCUGGUGAAGAACACGUUUUCGGUGGUGGCGAUUUCGCCAGUCCAAGUUAGCGAUAACUCGGUCGAGAAAAAGAAGAAUUUGAAGACGUUCAAAAAAUACUAUAAAUACAAUCGUGGUGUCGACAAAGAUUCAGAUUUUACAAAUAGUACUACUUUUCAGACUUUCAGUGAUAGCCAUAAGUUGUACCAAGACAUGUCGGAGCAAUCAGUCGAAGAAGCACCCAAGAAGCGCAAAAAAAGCAGAAGAAAAUCGUCACAAGAUCAGAAACUUAAAUUAGAAACAAACGUGUCGUCGGUUGUUAUCAAGCCAGAACCUUGCAGGAUUCUCGCUAAGUCCAAGGAAACUAACAAAGAAGAAAAGAAAGUUGGAAGGAGCAAACAAAAAUCGAAGAUACCGGUAUUAAACAGUCAUGCUAAGAUCCUCGAGUUGCCUAGGGAGCCAUCUCCAGUCGCCAAGUCGCGUAAAAAAAGUGCCGACCUUUUUAACCCGAAAGUAACACACGAAGAAGUGAAAACUGUACCGACGUUGGAAGAUAACAAAAAUCGUAGAAGCAAAACACAGAAACAGAAAGUGUCAACGCCAAAACCGCACGAAGACAAACUUGAAAAAACUGAAGUCGGUGUUAAAACACGAAGUUUACCUAGUUCCAAGUCCAAUAGUGCUAGAUCUAGCGUCGUUGAAGAUAGAUAUAAUAGUACGAAAUCCACAAAGCUGCAGACGAUUUCGAGUGGAACGCAACAAGACAAUCCAGAGAAAAAAUCACGCCCGUCCGCUAUCCCAAAAGUUGAUAAAAAAGAAUCCAGAAUGAGUAAAGCGUCAACUGUGUCUAGACAAAGCAAAGCUAGUAAUUUUGACAACAAGUCGACCAGAAGUACAACUGCGUCUAACGCCAGUAGGAAACGAUAUCUACCAUCGUCAGCUCCAGUUAUGUAUCCAAAAGAAUCAACUGCUAGUGGUCAAAAAGGUUUCAAGUCGGCUUCAAAAUCGUCGAAUGACACUUGGAGUAGAGUCAGCAGUAAGAAGUCGAUUAAAUCACCCGAAGCAUCCAAGUCUGAUACAAAAUUACAAGCCAACAAGAAAGUGGGUAAAAAUUUUGAACCAUCGUCUGCCAAAACCUCCCUAAGUAAUAGUACGUGUGGUGAUAAAUCGGUCGCUUCGUCCAAAAACGAAACUAGUUUUUUCCUCACUAAGUCGUACAAAGACGACGAUAAGCUCAGUCGGUGGCACAAACGGAAGCAAUACGCUGAUAAUCUCCGCAAGAACGCGCUUAGUAAAAACCAGAAGACGCCAGUGAUUCCGCCUCAAGUGUUAGAAGUGAGGUACCUCACCGUGAGUAACCCUGAUAUCGACAAGGUUACACUAUCACCGAAAGAACCGAAAGAAGUUGUCCCUCCGAUUGACUGCUCUCAAGACACCCGAUCCAACUCGUCAGUACUAAGUCAACCAGAAAUUGUGAAAGAAUUCUACGACGACGAUCUUCCUCAACCGUACCUCGAGGUUGUCGAUAGCGAAAAAUUCAACGAACUCUUCACGUUACCAGUCGAACAAGCCCUCAACGAGAUCCUCAACGAAAACAACAACUUCCUCAAGAAGGAUUUUUCCUUCAGCGUCGACGUUAAGUGUUGUAGUUCCGACGACGUGUCCACUGACGACGUACUCUCCGAUAGGAAACUCCACGAUUGGUACAACCUCCAAAUGACCAACCAGGAAAGUCUGAGCGAAAUUUCGUCUUUCGAAAAAAAUUCAGACAAAGUCGAUAGUCGGGACCUCCUAGGGAGUCAGGACCACAUCAUUGAUUCGCUUAGCGCUCCUGGUUCCGAAGAGAGCGGCUACGCCACCAUAAAAUCUAGAAAAGUGUCUAGUAACUUUUUCGAACGACCGGACAUAAAAGCGUUGUUUGAGCCCCCGGUGGAUGUGUGUUCGGUCGAUUACUGUGUGGAGGUGCGCAUCGAGACGAAGAGCGCGAGUCAGUGCGGGCUGGAAAUACAUUCCAUCGAAAGUAAGUCGUUACAAACUACCGUCGAAUGUUCACAAAAAUCUGUGCAGAUCAAGAUGUCUGAAGAAGAGAUAGCGGAAGCGGGGAAGGUGGAAGAGCGUGAACCAGAAGAACUGAAGACAAGUACUGAAGAAAAAACACAAAUGGACCCGGAAUUGCUGAUUGAACCAACAACUUCUAGCAUCUGUUCUGAAAAAUGUACUACCACACAACGAACCACAAUUAGAAUUAGCAGCAGUAAAGACAAAAACAAAAGUGGGUGUGACCGCAAAAAGAAUAAAAGGAAACUGGCUUUCUUGUAUUGCUUCAGCUGCGUUUCUUCUGACGAAUAAAACAAUUUGUUACGUU